GCCCGGCAGGGGGCGCCACGUAUGGCGGCGGCGCUCCGCCUGUGCCGCGCUGCGUGCCUGCUGCCGGCUGCUGCCGCCACGGCCCGAGCCACAGCCACGGCCCCGCCGCCGCCGCCGCGCCUCUCCGCCUCCUCCUCCACCUCAGCCUCCUGCUCAUCCUCCUUCUCUUCCUCCUCCUCCUCCUCUUCUUCUCGCCGCUCUCCGCCGCCGCCCGCCAUGCAGGCCUUCCAGUACCCCGAGGUGUACCGCGACGAGACCGCCGUGCAGGAUUACCAUGGAUGUAAAAUAAGCGACCCAUACUGCUGGCUUGAAGAUCCUGAUAGCGAACAGACAAAGGCAUUUGUGGAUGCUCAGAACAAGCUUACAGUACCCUUUCUCGAAAAGUGUCCUGUCAGAGGACUGUUCAAAGAACGAAUGACUGAACUUUACGAUUAUCCUAAGUACGGUUGCCACUUCAAGAGAGGAAAAAGGUAUUUUCACUUUUACAAUACAGGACUGCAGAACCAGCGAGUUUUAUAUGUACAGGACUCCUUGGAUGCUGAUGCCAAAGUUUUUCUUGAUCCAAAUAAACUUUCUGAUGAUGGCACUGUGGCUUUACGAGGUUAUGCAUUCAGUGAAGACGGUGAAUACUUCGCAUAUGGCCUGAGUUCUAGUGGCUCUGAUUGGGUUACUAUCAAGUUUAUGAAAGUAGAAGGUCCUGAGGAUCUUCCAGAUACACUGGAGAGAGUUAAAUUCAGUUGCAUGGUAUGGACCCAUGAUGGAAGAGGCAUAUUCUACAACUGCUAUCCAAAACAAGAUGGGAAAAGUGAUGGCACUGAGACCUCUACUAAUUUGCACCAAAAGUUGUAUUAUCACGUAUUAGGAACUAACCAGUCAGAAGAUAUCCUAUGUGCUGAAUUUCCUGAUGAACCAAAAUGGAUGGGUGGAGCUGAGGUGUCGGAUGAUGGUCGAUAUGUCUUGCUGUCUAUUAGAGAAGGCUGUGAUCCAGUGAACAGACUGUGGUACUGUGAUCUACAAAGAGAAUCUCAGGGUAUAUCUGGAAUUCUUCACUGGGUGAAACUGAUAGAUAACUUUGAGGCUGAGUAUGAGUAUGUCACCAAUGAAGGAACAGUGUUCACUUUCAAGACAAACCGCCAUUCUCCAAAUUACCAGUUAAUCAACAUUGACUUCAGUGAUCCAGAGGAAUCCAAAUGGAAAGUUCUCGUCCCUGAACAUGAAAAAGAUGUUCUAGAAUGGGUUGAUUGUGUGAGAUCAAAUUUCCUAGUUUUGUGCUAUCUGCACGACGUGAAGAAUAUCCUGCAACUUCAUGACCUCGCCACUGGUGCACAUCUCAAGACUUUCCCCCUAGAGGUUGGCAGUAUUGUGGGAUAUAGUGGCCGAAAGAAGGACACUGAAAUAUUCUAUCAGUUUACUUCCUUUUUGUCUCCAGGUAUUAUAUAUCACUGUGAUCUGACCAAAGAGGAACUGGAGCCAAGAGUUUUCCGAGAGGUGACAGUGAAAGGAUUUGAUCCUUCGGUUUAUCAGACAGUUCAGGUUUUCUACCCUAGCAAAGAUGGUACUAAGAUCCCUAUGUUUAUUAUUCACAAGAAAGGAAUUAAAUUAGAUGGUUCUCAUCCUGCCUUUUUGUAUGGAUAUGGAGGCUUCAACAUAUCAAUUACACCAAGCUACAGUGUGUCCAGACUUAUAUUUGUGCGACACCUAGGAGGUGUUCUAGCAGUGGCAAACAUUAGGGGAGGUGGUGAAUAUGGAGAGACCUGGCACAAAGGUGGUAUCUUGGCCAACAAACAAAAUUGCUUUGAUGACUUUCAGUGUGCUGCCAAAUACCUCAUCAAGGAAGGCUACACAUCCCCAAAGAAAUUGACUAUUAACGGAGGCUCAAAUGGGGGCCUCUUAGUUGCUGCCUGUGCCAAUCAGCGCCCUGACCUAUUUGGUUGUGUUAUUGCCCAAGUGGGAGUGAUGGACAUGCUCAAGUUCCACAAGUACACCAUUGGCCAUGCUUGGACCAGUGACUACGGUUGCUCCGACUGUAAAGAGCAGUUUGAAUGGCUGUACAAGUACUCUCCACUCCACAAUGUCAAGCUACCAGAAGAAGAUGGCAUCCAGUACCCCUCUAUGCUGCUGCUCACAGCGGAUCAUGAUGAUCGUGUGGUCCCUCUGCAUUCACUGAAGUUUAUCGCUACUCUGCAAUAUGUUGUGGGCCGAAGCCGUAAACAAACCAAUCCACUUCUCAUCCAUGUUGACACCAAGGCUGGGCAUGGAGCAGGAAAGCCAACUGCUAAAGUUAUAGAAGAAGUGUCAGAUAUGUUUGCUUUUAUAGCACGAUGUCUAAAUCUUGAUUGGAUUGAAUAGGCAAAAUGCAUAUUACUGUCUCCUUUAGAAAACAAGGGCUUUAACACCAUUUAAAAACAGCCACACUACUACUUGGUGUAGUACUUACAUUUAAGAAGUGCAGUUUAAUAUUUUAUUGAUCUGACCUGCUAUGGAGUUAUGAUCUUCUGUGCUUCCCUUUUUUUGGCAUUUCUUUGAAUUUCUUUUUUACUGCAUUCCAAAAUACAUUUUGAAAAGCAUGUUCAAAUAAAUUACUGAGCUAAUCUUGGUACUGUUGUGAAAAUUAGAUUCCAAAGUUAGUGCUAGUUGAGCUUAUUUUCUGUAAACAAUUUUAAUGUAUUUCACACCUAUCAACAUAUCCAGAUCAUUUGUAAUUAAAUGUAAGUACUGUCCACAUACAAGAACUGUGAGCAUACUUUAUUUACACAGUAAUUUAUUUUAGAAUGUAAAUUGAAGAUGUUCAGUGAUAACCGUGAAGUACUGAAGAGACAGUAAUCUGGUUAAGUAAAAUAUUAUUAAAAACCUUCUGUUACAUGCUGUUCAUAGACAUGUUACAAUCUAUAAUAACGAUGUUGCUAAAUUGUUCUUUGUUUCCAAAGAGACAUCAAAAUGUCACCAGUUUUCUCUUCUGUGUGGGAAUAAAUGGCAGAAGAGGCCAUUAUAGAGGCUGGAAAACUUGAAGGAUUCUUAGAUUCUCAUUGUGAUCUCAGUCAAGCUAUAUAGAUCCUCUUCAACAAACCAUCAAAAGUUAUCUCUUUAAUUGUUUCUGAAGAGUAGACCAAACACUGAUUUAAACAAAUAAACAAAAACAAACACAAAACAUAACCAAAAAAAAUCACCUCAAACCCACAACUUUGUCUGGAUUUUUCAAGUUCACUUUUUCCCGAUGCCUUUGUCAGAAGGUUCUCUAACACGCCAAAAUCUGAACAUACAUAUAUAGCCAAGUUUUGCCUGCAAAACGAGAAGAGCUUGUAGUCAGACUCCCUAAUGAUUUGACACAGAUACAGUAUUUGAACUGCCAUUAUUCCCAUCCAGGCUGUAGAGCUGUAAAGUAGAUGUGAGUAUUUGCCUACUAACUGUCUAAACUCUGAUGCACUGCAGCAAUUAGAGUUUGAUGUUGCAGAGAAAAAAGUAUUCUACCGAUUAUUAUUAUUAUUAUUGUUGCCCUUCCAGAAGACAUCACUGCUUCUCAGUUUUGGAUGAACUGAUAUAUUCUUCCAGAAUCAUGAUUGUCGUCGUAUUCACACUUAGGGUCUAAGGCCUGUAUUUUAACUCCAGGCUCAUCUCUCAGGAGUUUCAUCUCUAAGCAAACAGUGUCUCAGUGCAAAAGGAGGAGGGAGUGGUAUUUAAAAGAGGAGGAGGUGCUCUAAACAUCAUCAAAACUAAAAAUAAAUUUAUAUCAGAUUCA